AUGUCGAGAAGGCGAAUGCCCGUUUUUCAGAAGCUCUCGAAACUCCUGAACAUCUUUAUCAUCCUUGCCAAAGUGAGAAAACUAUCAUUUGAAAACUCAUUUAUUAGGAAGUUACAAUAUUCAAAGAAGAUGAAGCUUCUGAAGAAUUACAACUCUGGGUUUGUAAGAGAAUACCAGUUCUCUCCCUCCAACACUCCCCUCAUUCAUUACCACAGAAGGAGGCAGCUCAUGAAGAACGGAAGCCUUCGAGACGUGUACUCGAUGUACUUUCUCUGCAAAUGCUGGGGCAAUAGCUUGAGAGUUGAAGGAGAUUUCACGUUGGAAGCUCUGCAGACUGCCGGAGAUGACAAUGCAAUGGCUUUAUAUGAGCCGUUGGAUUGGGGAGAUCACGAAGAAGAAGCUUCCAUUGAUUUGCGGGCGCAGAUGUUUAUUGAGAGGUUCUACGAAGAAAUGAGAAUGCAGAGGCAGGAAUCGUUUUAA